AAUAAUACUUUAGUUCCUAAAUCGACAGGGCUCUAUGUGACCGCGUGUCCGUGCGGGAUAGUUAGUUGAGGGUUAAUUGGUGGGUGAAUUAGGAUGGAUAGACCGAGUACUAGCCGGCAGUCGGUGGAGAAGGUGGAGAUGUACGAGGUUCGGGAGCAUGUUCCUUACCAAGCGGAACUGACGCGGGCCCCGACUGCGUACGAUGAGGAAAGUGGUGAAGCCUUCGACUCGUCGUGGGAGUCUGCGUGGCGGGCGCUCUGCCAGCUGUUCAACCUCCUUCACCACAUGCAGAUAGCUAUAGUUGUGUUUUGUAUGUGGCACUUCGCUCUGACCUCGGCUCCUAAUGGAUCUAUCAGCAAUCUGCAACUGCAUAUCAUUUUUGCUGGAACAGGCUACCAACUGUUCCUGGUGGAGGCAAUAUUAACGCUGCACAGACACAACUCCUGGUCCUUCCAAAUGUCGAAAGAUUCAAAACGGAUAGUACACGGUUGCCUCCAACUCAUCGGAUCCAUUUUCGUGAUAGCUGGCACUUUCCUCGGAUUAGCAGAAGUCGAUAUGGUUGUCUCUAGCGCUCAUGGCAUCUGUGGUGUCAUAGCGCUGGCUUUCUCGUUAAUAAGUUUCCUAACAGGCAUCGCUGCGCUCUUCUCCGCUAAAGUGCGCUUGAUGGUCAAAAGCGGGCCCGUCAAGAUCGUGCACUUGGCAGUCGGACUUUUUGCUGUCUCCAUGGGCCUUAUCUCCAUAGCAAUGGGUUUCCACAUGGACUACUUCAGUGCACCCCAAGGCGGACUGUCAACAGCGCUCAUGGUUUUCACAAUGAUGAUCCUAUUCUACGUAUUGGUUCAACCAAUCUACGAUUUGGUUUCGACCACAAGAAACUCAAUGUGACUAAUGAAAUUACAGGGCCCGCCUGACGAUGACAGCAAUGCGUAAUUUUUGAACACGUUUACCCGUAACCUAUUAGUAGAUACCUAUUUCAAAUCCUAUGUUUAUAAUACUGCGCCAUGGAAAAA